AUGAUGCGUAUGUGCGCGAAGGGGUUGCAGGCUGGUGGUCAGCUGCCUAGCCAGCAGUUAUGUCGGAAAGCGCAUUUUAUCAUGUCCCCACCACAAGAACCUCCCCCUCCCAUCCCACUCGGAGCUCGCCCUAUUUCACUUUCCCCCACUUCCAACACCUUCUUGCGCGUUUCCGUGCUUUGCACGUCACCGCCCAAAAUCUUGCUGCACCCCUCGCCUCCUAUUUUCUCCACCGCUGCUUCGCUCCCCUACACCCUUGCCUUCAACGCCACCCUCCAAUUAUCGGCCCCGUCUCCGUUCCUCAGAUACGGUCGCUAUCUUUCCUUCUUCUUUACGCCCCGAAACCGACGGCGUGAGGGACAACGUCACAAAGACCGUGGGAGUAAUGCCUUCAGAUCAACGGAUGAGAGGUUACCGUAUUUCAUCGCUUACCGUAGCUUUUGUCGUGUGCGAAAUUCUCUGGAUUCUUGGCAAUGCCAAGUAACUGCACAUACCGCUCUAUAUAAUCCGCCUAAUAGGAGAAGGACGUUGUAUUGUGAAGCUAUGUGGAGCACCAAAGACAUGAGGAACUGGAUUGUAUUGCUAAAGGAGGGCAACUACGGGCAGCAGUACGCCAAAGGAGUGUUGGUGGCUAGCGCAUGGAGAGCUCCGUAA